GAUUGGCUGAUUGGAGAAAUCACGUUUGCAACGCUGAUCCAGACUCUUAUUGGACAAGUUAAUCUGCAAUAUGUUUUGUACAUAUAUUUAUACUACUCUCUUCUAUUGCUGGAGAUGAGGGUUUCUCUGGUCAUUCUGUCAGUGUUGUUCACUCUCACAAGGGAAGAUGAGGGACAAAAAACAACAGUUUCUUAUUUCCCAACGUUCCCACAGGUGUAUGUUGGAGAUGAUCUUUCUCUGAAGUGUAAUGGCAUCGGCGAGUCGAUAAAAUGGUACAUCAAUGGUUCACUUGACUCACAUAAAAAUUCUUCAAUGUUUUUGACCGCAUUAACGCCAGAAAAGAAUGGAAAUUACAGCUGUGAGCGGAAUGGACAGAAUGAUUGGUACAUUUUAACAGUCCUAGAAUUGGAGCCCUAUGCCCAGCUCUCUUUACAUACAGGAGGCUCAGUGAUUGCUCAAGGUGAUGGGAGAAAUCUGGAACUGCAGGUGGAUGAUGAACUGAAAGGGUGGGCGUGUUUUGCAUCAAGGUUUGGAGAUUCUGGCUACAAGCUAGGCAUCAAUCGCAACAAAGGGACGAACAGAGCUUUGGUUUUCGCAGAAUUAAAGGAUGCACAUAGAGCUUCAUUUUGGUGUCUGAAUCGGAAAAACAAACAUCGAAGCAAUGCAGUCACGCUGAAAAUGACAGAAAAAAAGGUGAUGUUGGAGGCUUCAGCCGAUCCUGUGAUGCAAGGGGAACCUGUCGCUCUCAGGUGUAAAGUGUGGGGUGGAGGGAAAGUCGAAGAGGCCGAGUUCUAUAGGAAUCAAAAAAAGAUCCAUACUGUCAAGGAUGACACAUACACCUUGACCAAUGUCACACAACAAAUUAACGGCCAGUACAGCUGUCACGCCACAUACAGGUACAGCCACAUCAGUCAACAAGCCGCACUGCAGCAAGGCGAUUCUGACCCACAGGACUUGACAGUUAUAGCUGGCCCUCUCACUACUUCAGUGGUCCAGAUAUCCCAUAAUAAUCUGCAGUGUUUGUGCCAUCGGUGUUAUGACAGCUGCAAAACAUACCGCUGGUAUCACACACCAUCUGAGAACUCAAAUAUACACAAAAGUCUUUCCGAAACCGGCCAGAAUAUUAAUGCAAUGGAAGUCGGAUUGUACAGGUGUCGAGCCGACUGCGGAAACGGGCUUACACGUUUCAGCAAGACUUACAACCAUGAAGGAAAACCAGUGGUUGGAAACAACCUCCUCAUCUGGCUGAUGUUGUUCCUGAUUAUUCUUGGGGUGUUAAUCAUUGUGCUGGUUGUCCUGAAAUACCGAAAACGUAGAGGAAGUGGUAUAGGGGCCGUCGGAGAGGGUAAAGACAAGCAGCCUGGUGGAGAUUAUGAACAGCUAAAGCUUAAAGAUCAGGCCGUUUACCACACCCUGGGUGAUGCCACGGAUCAGGACAAGGCUGAGGGGGGCUACGAGGCCCUACAAAAGAGUCGGGAGGAGGCAGUGUACCACACAGUGGUAGCUGGUGAGGGUCAGGGAAAGGGUCAGGGAGAGGGUCAGGGAGAGGGUCAGGGUGCAUAUGAGGCUCUUAAAAGUGUCAAAGCCGAGGUGUACAACACACUGGGACCCAGUAAGGGUCAAAGUGAAGGUCAGGGAGAGGGUCAGGGAGAGGGUCAGGGUGCAUAUGAGGCUCUUAAAAGUGUCAAAGCCGAGGUGUACAACACACUGGGACCCAGUAAGGGUCAAAGUGAGGGUCAAGUUGAGGGUAAACAAAAAACAGACGAUUACGAGGACGUGACAGUGGAGGAAAAUCCAUACGAAGAACUGAAAGGCGAGAAACAGAAGAAAAAAACGGCUAAAGAGGCCGAGUAAAUAGCAUUGCAUACUUUGUUUUUCUGCGUGCCAUCUCACGGCAGGUCAAGCACUUCGUGUACUCGACACGAUCGACAGUCUCGUGAGUCCCAGUCUUUCUAGACACACGUGUUUGAAGAGAUUUGCAUCUCUCACUCUUUGUGAAAUGUACCGGCACGCAGAAAACCAAAGUAUACUUCAGCAUUGAGACAGGAAACCUGUUGAGCAUUAAUAUUAGAGGAACUAAAUAAUUACAGCAACAUUACUAUUAUAUAUAUAAAUAUAAAUAUAAAUAUUAUUAAGUCUAAAUUGACCACAUUUACUUUUUAAUAAAUGUUCCUAUUCCAAAGAAAAAACAAAUGACUUAUAACCCUGUUAUCAAUAAAAAAAAAGUCAAUCAAUCAUUUAUUCGACUUACAGUGUAACACAGAACAUAUUGACAAUUAUUAAAUAAUAAUUCUGAUCAUUACAUAAACCUUUCUAAAAACAGUUUGAAUCAAUCUGAAACACACACACACACACACACACACACACACACAGACACUCUCUCACACACUCACACACACACAGACACUCUCUCUCACACACUCACACACACACACACUCUCUCUCACACUCACAUACACAUACACACACUCUCUCUCACACACUCACACACACACACACUCUCUCUCACACACUCACACACACACACACACUCUCUCUCACACACUCAUACACACACACACUCUCUCUCACACUCACAUACACAUACACACACACACUCUCUCUCUCUCACACACACUCACACACACACUCACACACACACACACACACACACACACACACACACACACACACACACACACACACACGUUGUGUUUCCAUGUUAUAUGGGGACUUUCCAUAGACAUAAUGGUUUUUAUACUGUACAAACUUUAUAUUCUAUCCCCUAAACCUAACCCUACCCCUAAACCUAACCCUCACAGAAAACUUUCUGCAUUUUUACAUUUUCAAAAAACAUAAUUUAGUAUGAUUUAUAAGCUGUUUUCCUCAUGGGGACCGACAAAAUGUCCCCACAAGGUCAAACAUUUCGGGUUUUACUAUCCUUAUGGGGACAUUUGGUCCCCACAAAGUGAUAAAUACACGCUCACUCUCUCACACACACACACACACACACACACACACACACACACACACACACACUCACUCUCACAUACACACUCACACACAUACACACACACGCUCUCUCUCACACACACACACACAUGCACACACUCUCUCUCUCUCUCUCUCAUACACACACACACUCUCUCUCUCUCUCACACACUCUUUCUCACACACACACACACACACACACACUCUCUCUCUCUCACACACACACACACUCUCACUCUCUCUCACACACACACACACACACACA